AUGAUACCCAAUUCGCCCACGUCAAGACCGUCCACGUCGAUAAUUACUUAUCUAUCAGUUCUGGCAUUGAGCUUGAUGCUCUGCGCUCCUGGAAACACUGAAGCUACACUUUCAUCACCCAACUCGGUCUUCGACUUUGAAACACUUAUCGAACGAAGCGAUACAUCGGAAUUGAUAUACGAACCAGAGUUUGCGGCAUUUGAUCGCAGUAUUGUUGGCCGUGCCCCGCCAGAACAACCGUUAUUAACGAACAAUGGCCCCGAUAGUAGACCGAUAAUUCCUGGAGGGACUGUUUGUUACAUUGUGGAUAAGAAGACGUUGUUCGGGAAGGACAAGAGGGACGAUGAUCAUAAAACAACCGGGGAGACCGCGCAUCAGAACACUCGUCGAGCAGAGACAAAGACUGUCUAUGUGUCUGCCAAUACUUGUUCCAGGCCAACUCUAAAGACUAAAGACAAGAGCGGGAAUACAGAACUGGCACCGCAGCUCAGUCUUUAUACUUCAACAACAAACAAGAUCAAGUGCCCAACGGCAGGCAAUUACAACAAGUCAAAUCCUAAUACCGCCAGGAUACCAUUCGACGAGGGCGCAGUUAUGCUAACUAUGAAUGCUACCGACGACAUAUACAUCAGCGUUGUGGCUCCGAAUAUAUCAAAGGCCGAUGGAGAAUACAAAUACCAAAUCGCCAUUUCUUUCGACGAGUACUACCACAAUUACGAUGCCAAAAAUGGUACUGCUCAACUACUGUUGAUGGACUUUGACUCAACAUCAGCCCUCCUUUUCACCAGCGAUUUGACCCAGGACUCGGACGAGACUCAGCAGAUCAUGAAGAGGCCGCCACCAUAUCAGAUAUUUAUCGGGGACGACAAAUUAAGAUCCAUCGAUGGCCUGCGACACUCAACCUGUGGCCUCGCGGACCACGCGGAAAUUUGGGCCAACGAUAAGAAGACUGGGCGAAACAACGAUCUCGUUACGACUGGCCUCACGACACGAGGACAAGGAGGAUUGCCCAAGCAGCAAUUCCUGGUUGCAGGGCUCAACCACAGUACCACAUACUCGGGAAUCCUCGUCAAGAUGCCGGAUAGUGAUAGCAAACGAGAUACCAAGUCUGGGCGUACCAUAGGCGGUGGAGGCACUGUCUACAAGGCCACCACGUUUGAAACCUCGUCCAGCACAAACUGUAAGAUGGUUACAAAUCUGGACUUCUGCAACGAGACACAAUAUGCAGUGCCUGGCAAUGACAAAAAGUUCAAUAAUACUGCUCUGGCCAAGCAUUACGAUGAUUAUGCCAGAAAGAUGUACGCCAAUUUCGAAAGAGUCAUGAUGCAAGUACCCUGCGAAGCACCCCCUGAGUCUCGCUACUCGCUAGCACGAGAUUGCGAUGAGUGUCGUGAAGCCUACAAGCGCUGGCUCUGCACCGUCACGAUACCUCGCUGCGAGGAUGUUAUGGGCGGCAGCAGAUAUAGCGUUGUUCGCGAUGCUUUUCAAGCCUUUCCCAAUGGAACAACGCUUCCUGAUAAUUUCCGCAAGGGUCUCAAAGCCGCAGCAAAUAACUCCUCGCGUAACGCCUGGAUCGACGAAACCGUCAAGCCUGGUCCGUACAAGGAGUUGCUACCCUGCGAGGACGUCUGCUACGAAGUUGUUCAAGCAUGUCCCGCCGCGAUAGGCUUCACCUGUCCACAACCUGGAUUCCCAAGUUUUAGUGUGAGCUACGGACGGCGGAAUCCGGAUAUUUCGAGUAUAACAUGUAACUAUCCCGGCGAGCCAAGGACGAGGGUUAGUGCAAGUGUAACUAUUCGACCAAGCGCUUUUGCGCUCAGUGCUGUAUCAUUGAUGGUCUGGUUGAUACUAUAA